AUGACGUUCUUUCCAAUACAAAAAGUGUAGUACCUAUUGUUUCCAAACUGCGUUACCCACUCCAGCCAGCAGAUGGCGAUGUGCGUCUUUCAGGUGAUGCUUCUUGCGUGACGUAUAAUGGACUGGACGGGACGCUUCUUCAGGAACAACAAGGCGCCAACUCUUUCAACCAUCUCGGUAGCCUGCUAUACAAUAUAAAACUGAAAGAUUGAUUCUUUAGACCAUGUUAUUGUACAUGAGCUAAUCUCAGUGUUUUAGACAAAUUUCGGUUGACGUAUCUACUGGUGAACUUUAACCUAAUGUGCUUGUUCAAUUUGCAAACUUGUUAAAGAUUGAUACUGAGGUUAGCACUAGGCUAGUCGCUAAUGCUAGCCAUGAGCUCACUGAACUACUCCUCCUUGCUAAUGAAGAUGAGGUCUGCUUUACGGAGAAAGAAUCUUUCAGAAUGAAAAAGGAGGAAGAGGAGGCUGUUAUAGUGAAAGAAGAGAAAGAACCUUUUAGUGAGGAAGAGGAUGCUAUCUUAAUAAACGUGAAGGAGGAAGACGUUUUGAGAGUGAAAAAGGAGGAGACAGAAGAUCCGAUUGACACCAAAGAGAGACAUGACUAUGGUGGAUCCUCUGCGGAGCCUCAACAACAUCCUGAUGCUGACGAGGCAGAGAAGAGUCUCUCCAGAUCAGAACACCAGAUGGACAACGCUAGCCCUUCCACCCUCCCGGAGUCCAUGUGUCGUGCCUCUCCUGGUAGCACCUUACUGCUGGGUAUGAAGAGGUUGUCUGUGCUGCUGGUGGACUGCAGGAAAACAAUGGGGCUGAGUGGAACUGUGAGAGGAGGAGAAGAGAUGAAAGGAUCAGAUUUGACUCAUCAAAGAGAAAGUCCAGACUCAGAGGAACCAGAGCCAGGGACGUCCAAACCAGCAAGAAGACACCAGUGCUCCUACUGUGGAAAGGAAAUUGACCAGGAGAGUGACACAGAAGGAAUGGAUGAGGACUCUGUAAGUGACCAGAGUUUUGAUUCCAGCGCGGAAGAAAUGUUUUUGGAAGGAAAAGAUCCACUUUUAGAUCAUCCCAGUGAUUCUGAUUGGGAGCCCAUACUGCCAAGGUGCAAAUCCCCCACUGAAGCUGGUCCAUCCAGCCGGACCCCUGCUGUCUCCGGCACCACACCUACCCCCACCCGGCCAUCAAGAGGUGUGAAGUCGGUGACAAAGAAGCGGAGGAAGGGAAGUGUGGAACCUGCUGGCAGAGCGGAGGGUCGUUGGCACUCUGUGCUGGAGGAGGAUGUGGCCCCACCACCUCCUAUUUUCAGACCAAAGAGGCCACCAGGUCCUCAGCUGGACAUGACCUCUAAGUACAGCCCCAUGCAACUUUUUCAGUUGUUUUUCACCUCGGCAGUUGUUGAUUCCCUGGUGUUGAACACUAAUAAGUACGGAGCUAAGAAGCAGGAAGGCAAGAAAGAGACAUGGAAGCCCAUUUCCAGGUCAGACCUUUUCUGCUACAUUUCACUGGUAAUUUACAUGGGGCUGGUAAAGUUAAAAACCCUAAAGGAUUACUGGAAAAAAGCCACACUCUAUCAGCUGCCUUUCCCCCGCACUGUCAUGUCCUCUACAAGGUUUUUAAAUAUCUCACGGGCGCUUCAAAUCAGUGACCCAGAUGUUGAUGAGGAGAAUGACAGGAGGAAAGGCACCGCAAGGUUUGACAGGCUCUGCAAAGUCAAACCUCUCUACUCCAGCAUGGUUGAAGCCUGCAAGGCCCAUUUUCAGCCCGCCCAGAACUUGUCCAUAGAUGAGAGGAUGGUAGCCUCAAAGGCCAGAAUUGGCCUAAAACAAUACAUGCGUAACAAACCAACUAAGUGGGGUUACAAACUGUUUGUUUUGGCUGAUUCUGCGUGUGCCUACACAUGCAAUUUUUUUGUCUAUGAGGGGAAGAACACGUGUGCGACUGGUAAAGGACUGAGUUAUGACUCUGUAAUGGAAUUAUUGGAUUUUCAACUGCUGGGGAAGGGCUACAAACUCUUUGUGGACAACUUCUACACAAACCCUACCCUGUUCACAGACCUGAGGAAGCGGGAUGUGUGGGCUUGUGGCACCAUUCGGACCAACAGAGUGGGCUUUCCGAAAACCAAGGAGAAUGACAUGCCUAAGAGGGCUGAUCGGGGUACCAUGAGAUGGAUCCGUGAAGAUGGCCUGCUGUUUGUGAAGUGGAUGGACACCAGAGAGGUGGCGAUGUGCUCCACUAUCCACAAGUCCUUCAGUGGCGAUCACGUCGUCAGGCGUGUGAAGGAUGCUACUGGGGCAUGGACCACCAAAAAUGUUCCCAUUCCUGCAGCCAUCAAGGACUACAACCAGAGCAUGGGAGGUGUAGACUUGUCAGACGCUCUUAAAGGAUACUACAAUGUUCUACAUAAGACAAAGAAAUGGUACAAGACAUUGUUUUAUAAUUUCAUUGACAUUGCUGUGGUGAAUUCCUUCAUCCUCCAGAAGGAAAUGGCCAGGAGCUGUGGACAGCCCCCCAUCUCACAGCUAGUCUUCAGGGAGCUGCUCAUCAAGGAGCUUGCUGGCUACAGCAAGUCCACUGCAUCACAUUCUGCCACCUCUGCCGCCUCCACCUCUGCCGCCUCCUCCUCUGCCGCCUCUACCUCUGCCGCCUCCUCCUCUGCCACCUCCACCGCCUCCUCCUCUGCCGCCUCCUCCUCUGCCGCCUCCUCCUCUGCCGCCUCCACCUCUGCCGCCUCUACCUCUGCCGCCUCUACCUCUGCCGCCUCUACCUCUGCCGCCUCCUCCUCUGCCGCCUCUACCUCUGCCGCCUCCUCCUCUGCCGCCUCCACUUCUGCCGCCUCCUCCUCUGCCGCCUCUACCUCUGCCGCCUCCUCCUCUGCCGCCUCCACUUCUGCCGCCUCUACCUCUGCCGCCUCUACCUCUGCCGCCUCCUCCUCUGCCGCCUCCUCCUCUGCCGCCUCCUCCUCUGCCGCCUCUACCUCUGCCGCCUCCUCCUCUGCCGCCUCCACUUCUGCCGCCUCCUCCUCUGCCGCCUCUACCUCUGCCGCCUCUACUCCUGCCUCCAGUGGUGUUCAUAUACCACAGUUCAUUACUGCAGGCGUGACUUUACCUCUGAGACAAAGGAGCGGAGCAUGGAGGCGUUGUUGUGUUCUUUGUCGCAUGAAGUCCCCCAUCAUCUGCACCAGUUGUUCAGUUUGCCUCUGCUUUGUAGCAGAAAGAGACUGCUAUGGGACAUGGCACAGGCAGAAAAAAUAUUCUGUUCUAAUAUUAAAAAUAAAAACAUUAUAAUUUUUUUUGUGUGUGUUAGAAUAGAUUUUUGAUAAGUUGUAUAUAGUUAUUUGCACUGUUGUAUAUAGUUAUAGGUCAUUUCACCAAUUCGGCCACUUGGGUACAUUUGGGCAACUUGUGUGGGACACCUAGGUGACUUCAUGCUAAAUGUCAUGUAGCUCACCCAUUCCUGAAGUUGUCAGUCUGAAACUCUGCACACCUACAGUUGCCCUCUUGUGUUAAUCCAUCUAAAUUAUCUCCAGCAUCCUAUCUGACUGUGUGGCUGUUCCAGUACAUAUGAAAGAUGAUGAUACAACAAUAAAAACAGAAAACGUAUGCUCUUUCUCUUUUCUUCCACCAGAUCUACUGUGUUAUAUUCUCCUAUAUUCAAUUAACAUUUCCACAAACUUCAGAAUGUUUCCAUUCAAAUGAUACCAAGAAUAUGCAUAUCCUUGCCUCUGGGGCUGAGCUACAGGCAGUUAGAUUAGGGUAUGUCUUCAGGCUGAAAUUGAGAACAAGGGAUGCAGCAAUAAGAGGUUAAUUAUGGCUGCGCUCCCCGUACAGGGAUCAACAUCAGGGGACAUUUCAGGGUGACAACUAAAAAUACAACUUUGUAACUUUGUUUCAGUCCUCUGGAUGUUUAUCUAGUCGUGG